AUGUUGGUCUUCUUCUUUCAGACUUUCCUAUAUAAGGCACUUGGUACCACGCUGGCCUCUUGCCAGGAUGUUGCCUACGUGAAAUCCCAGCUCCAGAAAUUUCUGAAGGACACGGAUUACAUGGAUGCUUUGGAGAGAGAGCAAGUCGUGAGCAUCCUGGCUUUCUCAGCCAAGGGCCACCUGGACCUCACCCUGAGCACCCUGGAGGACUUUGGUGCUGCCAUGAGUAAAGUGCAGGUGUCUGGGAUCAUCAGCCUCCUGCAGGACUUUCACCAGGGGAGAAGAGGCAGGACCCACAGGGCCUUGAUCCUGGCCUACAGCCAAAUAGCUGUGCAUGCCCCCCAAACACAGCUGCUCCCCCGCGUGGAGCCUGACAUCACCAGGAGGGUCCUGCAGCACUACGUGAGCAGCUGCCAGGUGCUUGGCAUCACCAUCCUCAAUAAGGACCUGGACUUAAAGCUGACCCUCAUCCGGUCAGUCACUGAGAUCAGCCGUGCCAUCCAGGACGCUGACGGCUCCCAGAGCUUCCAGUUCACGUACAAAGAGGAGCUGCUGGGGUACAUGCUGGACUUCAUAAAAGAGGAACCGAUGGAUUCCCUGGCCUCUCCUGUUCGCCUCACGGCCAUGCUUGCCAUUAAGCACCUGAGCAAGGUGAAACCCUCCCUGAAUCGGGAUGCAAACAGAAGCCUGCUUGAAACCUGCCUCAGGUGCCUGGUACCUCUCCCAGCUGUGCAGCACCUGACACAGGAUGGGGAGACAGCUCAGGACUUGUUGCAAAUACAGUCCUUGCACGAGUUGUCCAUGCAGGCCUUGGGCGAGCUCAUGAGGGGCCUCCUUGAAGAAGACCCCACUGAGAGCUGGUGCAUGGAGAUGUUCCACCUUCUUGAGCCAUGGCUUUCAGCUGACAAGGAGUGGGAGAGGGACAGGGCCUUGCAGGGCAGCGCCCAGCUGCUUGCCGCCUGUCGAGAGGCCGUCUACUGCAGACUGCAAGAGCCCUUCAGGAAAACUGGGUUCCUGCUGGGGCUGCUGGCGCCCUACACCUGCGCCUCUCUGGCCACAUCCCGGCUGUGGGCUGCUGACUGCAUUGCCUGCCUCCUCCCCAUACAAGAUCAGUCCAUGGGCAUGGAUGCAGCGGAGGAGGAACUGAGGGGUAUCCGGGAGGAGCUGAAAGCCUCCACCCCCGAGACUGUGCUUGCCGCAUCCUCCCGCAUGGCCAAGGUUCUUGGAAAAUAUUUUCCAUCAAGCCAGACCCGUGUCUUUAUGGAGACCGUGCUGAAUGGCAUGCUGAGAGCCAGCCCCACAUGUGCCACGGCAGGAGGACAUUGGCUCCUCAGCAUCAUCAAGGAGCAUGGAGAGGCCCUGCUGGAGGAGGUGCCGGACAUCCUGGGCACCAUAACGAUGCACAUGCCCGCUAUGCAGGAAGGGUGCAUGAAGAGCUGCCUGCUGGAAGCUGUGGCCAGUCUAGCAGGCUUCCACAUAGAGGCCGUCACCAGCAGCCUGCUUUGUAGACCUCUGCCCAUGGACAGGUACUUGCCACUCCCCACCUCCUGUACCGAGGGACACGCAGAUCCCACAGCCUGGAAAAGACCGUAG